AUGUCAAAACAAAAAUCAACAACUACGUCAGAAUUGCUAAAAACGAACACCAACACUAAUAAGAAAGAUGAUAAAAAGAUAAAUAAAAAAAAUUUAACAAAUCUAAAUGAUAUAGAGUCCGUGCUAAAUGAAUUAGAAAUCAAACAUGACACAUUAGCAAAUAAUGAAGUAAAACGAAUUUGUAAUUGUAUGGCAAGAAGACAUCCAUUAUUUGAAAUUGCACCUAAUUGUUUAAACUGCGGUAAAAUAAUAUGUACAAAAGAAGGAUUACAACCUUGUUCAUUUUGUGGGAAUGAUAUUAUACCGUCAAAAGAAAAAGAUGCAAUCAUAAAGCUUUUGGAGAAAGAAAGGACUGAAUUACUCAAUGCAAAUAAUAAACAAGAAUCGACGACACCAACUAAUAAACCUAGAAAGAAGAUCGUAGUGAAGAUGAAUCCAGGUGAGAAAUUUUGGGAAGCACAAGAUAGAGCAUUUAAACUAGCAGAGCAAGAAAUGAAAAAUGAAGAAAUAGCGAAAAAGGAACAAUUAGAACAACAAGAACUACAAGCUAUUGAUACAAAAAAUAAUUACAAACUAGCCAAUACUGAUCAGGAUUUAGUUAAAGCUCAGGAAAAACUAGAAACAUUAUUAAAUUUUCAGGAAACAGGUGAAGAGAGAACAAGGAUCAUUGAUAAUGCAGCUGACUUUGAAUUACCUACUCAAUCUAUUUGGUUAUCACCAGAAGAAAGAGCACUAAAUUUGAAAAAGCAACAAAGAAUGUCGAAAGAUAAUAAAGCAGAAUCUGAACGUCAUAAAAAAGGUGAAAAACAAGUAGAAAUGGUGAUCAAAGAUGGGAAAGUUACAAUGGUGGAAAAAUACAAACCAAUUAAAGAGCAAGUUUCCAAUGAAGAAAUUAAAUUAAUGCAAGAUGUUAAAACUUCUAAAAAGCAACAAUUUACAAACAAUGAACUGACUUGGGAUUAUGAUGAAGAUAAGAAGAAAUGGGGAAAACCAGUAUAUUUUUCAGAAAACAAUGGAAGAGAUGAAAACCAGGAACUAGAAAAUAAAGCUAUAAAAUCAAGAAUACAAUUUGACGUAAAUAAAGAUACUUCAGAGUUGAUAGCAACAAUAAUUUAA